AACUUUUCCUCAUAUACAAUAAAUCUGUCAAGCAUCAAGAAGCUGUAUUUUUUCUAACAAAAAAGUUUUUAUUUUGUAAAUUUAAUUUGUUUUAUUUUCUAAGAAAAUCCUUCCUAAAAUGAAUACAACACGUCUUGUCGAAGGACUCGUGUCUGAAGUCUCUUCCCUCCACAUAAAAGUCCUGCAACACGCUGCAGAAAUAUCUCCAUAUGUAACUGAAAGAUCCAUAGGACCAGACAAGGACGACUACAAAGAAGAUCCUGUUACACCAGCUAAACCCCAACGAUUGUCCGAAGAAUCAAAAGAAACCCCAAGACACAUAAAAAGUCCAUUGAUAAUUUCACCUACAAUUCGGAAUACAAGUUUUGAGAAUCUAGACUAUGAAACCAUAAAUGCCACAAUAAUCCUUCGUGAAGCUGAGAAAAACCGUCGUAAAUCAAUUCGCAAACAAAUCGAGGAAAUCCAUCGCAAGAACAAACCAAAUGAAACCAAAAUCAUCGAAAUUCGUGAAAAACUCGACGAAGAGCGCGAAAAACGCCUACAAGAAAACCUUGAAAAUGAGAAACAAAUGUUGGAGGAGGCCAAACGACAAGCUCUGCAACAGCUGAGUGAAGAAGAACGCGAAAUUACCGCGCUUAGGCAACAAACCCAACACACACUCCAAAUGAUCACCAUCCAGGCGAUAGUUCAAUAUCAGAAAAAGUUCCGCAUGGGCUAUGAAAAAGUAAUCAAAACUUUGAUGUCGCUCGAUAAGAAAGCCCUGACAACAGCCGAGGUGCAUAACCAAAAGCUGAAGGCUUUUGUACAAUCGUUCGAUCAACUUAUCGGAAAGAUCAGGAGUCAAACCUGCGGAACGGCGGAGUUAAAAGUCGCCGAAAACCUAUGCAAGUCGAUAGUUGAACUUGAAGUGAUUAUCGCAAAUGAAGCAAAACAACAACAGCAACAGGGACAACUGCAGCGGCAACAGGAGCAACAACAACAAGAACAAGCCAAGCUCUUGGAAUUACAAAAGCAACAACAGGCGCAAGCACAGCAACAGCAGCAGCAAAGCGAAGAACAACAAAAGGCAGCAGAAGCUGCUUCUGCUAUUCUUUCUCUAAGCCAGCCCGCGUUCGUAGAACAACAAGUCCCCACCGAUGCUACUGAUGCCACAGCACCGCCAACAGUAGCAGCAACACCAUCUCAAGCCCCGACUGAAGCGAAUUCCGAUAUGCCCGUUGAGGCAUCGUCGCAGUUCGUCAGUAGAGAACGCUUCGAGUUCUACACACAAAUCAACAAGUUCUACACGGAUAAGGUGGAGAAGGUGAAACCUCUUCAGUCGGACGACAAUAUGAAGAAAUAUAGAUUCGCCUGUCAGAAAGCCAUCAACAUUCCUGUGAAUGCCAUUUCAGCGGUCAGUCCACAGCAUUUACAGGACAAAUUCGAAAAGUUAUUCUCCUUUAUGAAUGGAAACCCCCUCAAAACAACCGAUGGACAGAUCAGCAUCAACGAUCAUCCACUGGGCCGGGAUUACUGCAUCCUUUUGAUGGCAAAGAAAUUCGUCAGUCAAGGCGACACGGCAGUCUCGAGCAAUCCCCAAGCCGCCUUUCCAGUUGCCACAGUCAUUGUCUCCCUCUGGAAACUAUUCCCCGACUUUGGCAAUUUAUUCCUGGCAUACACCUUCAAAGAAUCCCCCUUCCUCGUGCCCUAUUUCAUUCCCCAAAAACGCGGACAAUCCAUUGAGGAUUACUCAAAACUACUUGGCUAUCGGAUUGUUGAUGGGGCCAUAGAAAAUCAGGCAUUGUUCUUGAAGCGACAAUUAGGAAUUGCGCGACUUUAUUCGGCUGUGAUGAUGACGCCAGGACGACGAGCCGAUAGCUCUCCGCAUCCAUAUGGCAUCGAAAACGCUUGGAUAUGGCUGAGUAACUUCAUUGCCCUGCAACCUUUGCCAGACAUCUGUGCCACACUAAUGUUUGAAUUCCUCACAAACGCCGGAGCCGAUAUGCUGGCAACAUUUGGCAAACAGUUCCGCAAGCUUUUGCUCGUCAUACAGCAACAGUAUUUCCCCAAACUAUCAGCAGUGGACGAGGGUGGACCAAAGGCCCGCUUGGAGAUAACUCUGGGUAAGAUUCUAAUGGAGGGACAAAUACCAAAGCCUCAAGGAAUACUACCGCCAAACUUUUGGUAGAAUAAUUCAAAUUAAGAACAAAAAGUUUAGAAUUCAAAGAAUACCAAUUUUUUGUAAUGUUAAAAUUUGCUUAUUAAUUUAGGAAUAAAAACAAAAUAAAGAAACAA